AUGGCAGACAAUAUUACACAUCACUACAUCUCAUCUUUCUUCCUAGUUGGUAUUCCUGGUUUACAAGAAUUUCACUGCUGGAUUGGUAUCCCUGUCUGCCUCCUGUUUGUGCUAGCCCUGUUGGGAAACAGUGUAAUCAUCAUCACUAUCAAACUUGAGCCAAGCCUCCACCAGCCAAUGUAUUUCUUCCUUUGCAUGCUAGCAAUGAAUGACAUGGCCCUGGUCUCUUCCACAGCUCCCAAGAUGCUUGGCAUCUUCUGGUUUGAUGCUCAUAGGUUUGACUUUGAUGUCUGCUUAGCACAAAUGUAUUUCAUCCACACAUUUUGCAUAAUUGAAUCAGCUCUCUUGGUAGCUAUGGCCUUUGACCGUUAUGCGGCUAUCUGUAUUCCACUACGAUAUGCAACCAUCUUGACCACACCAGUAGUUAUUAAAAUGGGUCUGGUUGGUGCACUCAGAGCUGUACUUAUGGUUUUGCCUUGUCCUAUUCUUAUUAAAAGGUUACCAUAUUAUUCUAAAUAUAUUAUCAAUCAUGCCUAUUGUGAGCACAUGGCUGUGGUGAAGUUGGCCAGUGCCAACACACUCAUAAACAGAGCAUAUGGAAUUGCUGUGGCCCUUUCAGUGAUGAUCUUGGACCUAGCUCUCAUAGCCACAUCCUAUAUCAAAAUCCUCCAGGCUGUCUUUCGACUGUCUUCUCAGAAUGCUCGUUCUAAGGCCCUGGGCACCUGCGCUGCUCAUGUCUGCACUAUUCUUGUCUCUUAUACACCUGCUCUAUUUAGUUUUCUAACUCAUCGCUUUGGUAAGAAGGUACCGGCAAGUGUCCACAUAAUUUUUGCUAGUUCAUAUCUUUUGGUGCCUCCUACAGUAAAUCCCUUGGUAUAUGGUGUGAAGACCAAGCAGAUUCGUGACCGAGUGAUUGGUCUUUUUUUCCCAAACAAGAAACAGUCUGAAAACUAA